AUUCAUCAAGCCUCAUCCUCCACCAUCGAACCCAACUCACUCAACUCACUUUCACUUUCUCACACUACUGCUACUACUGCUGUCUCUCACUCCUAAUCUAAAACACACACUGAGUCCUCUCUCUCUCCUAAAGUGAGUGAGAGAGUGAGUGAGAAAAACUUCAAAAGCACACCAAAAAUUAUGGCCAUUUCAAUUCACAUUCCCCAAAUUACCCCUCUAACCCUCUUCUAUCUCCUCCUCCUAUCCUCUCCAACCUUAGCUAUCAACAUCACCGCCCUCCUCUCCUCCUUCCCUGACCUCUCUUCCUUCGCUUCCCUCAUCUCCUCCACCACCAUCUCCGCCGACGUCUUCCAACGCACCUCCGUCACUCUCCUCGCCGUCCCUAAUUCCUACCUCUCCUCCACCUCCGACCUCCUCACGCGCCACCACCUCUCUCCCACCAACCUCCCCGACGUCCUCCGCUACCACGUCCUCCUACAAUACCUCACCUGGUCCGACCUCCACCAGAUCCCUCCCUCCGGCACUCUCGUCACCACACUCUUCCAAACCACCGGUCGCGCCACUAGCAAUUCCGGUUCCGUUAACAUCACCUUCAACCCUUCCAACGGCGUCGUUUCGAUCCACUCGCCCGGACCUUACUCUUCCCCUUCGCAAUCGUCGAACGCCACCGUUUUGUCCUUGAUCAAAACCCUCCCUUACAACAUCACUAUCUUCACCGUUGAUUCCCUCCUCAUCCCUUACAACUUCGAUCUAACGGCCUCGGAAACUCGUCCUCCUCUAGGGCUCAACAUCACCAAGGCCUUGAUCGACGGCCACAACUUCAACGUCGCGGCGUCGAUGCUUUCCGCUUCCGGUGUCGUGCAAGAAUUUGAAGCCGACGAAGGUGGCGCCGGAAUCACACUCUUCGUCCCUACAGACGAAGCUUUCGCCGAUCUUCCGAGCACGGUUAAACUUCAGUCUCUACCGGCGGACAAGAAAGCGGUGGUGCUGAAAUUCCACGUGCUCCAUUCUUACUAUCCUCUAGGCUCUUUGGAGUCAAUAGUGAACCCGGUUCAGCCUACAUUGGCCACGGAAGCCAUUGGAGCUGGAAGAUUCACGCUCAACAUUUCAAGAGUCAAUGGCUCCGUGGCCAUCGACUCCGGAAUCGUUCAAGGAUCGGUGACUCAAACGGUGUUCGAUCAAAACCCCGUGGCGAUCUUCGGCGUCUCCAAAGUGCUAUUGCCAAAGGAGUUUUUCGGUAAAAACCCUGCGAUGAAGCCCGGAAACACCGGUACUCCAAUCACCGAGGCACAACCGCCAGAUAUGUCGUUAUCGCCGGAGAAUCCGCCUGAAUUGAAUGGACGUCCCUCGCAUUUAUCAUCUCCGCCGGGCUUUCGCCAAGAAAGCAGAUCAGGAUCGCCGGUAAUUGAUGGUGGUGUACGGAGCUCGCUACUCGCUCUGUGUUGUAUAGGAUUGUAUCUAGGGGUAUGAGAUUUAAUUAUUUCUUCCACCUCAUAAUUAUUGAAUUUUUUGUGACUUUUAUUUUUUUUUUCUUUUCUUAACACCGUGAAUUGAAUUAGGCUACAUAAACUGCAGCCUCUCUUUUUUUUUUUUUUUUUUAAUCUCUUUUUUAUUAUUGAAUGUCAAUUGUGUUAAUGUUUUUGAAUAAUUUAAUGUCAAAUAGCACAAUUUUUUUUGCUCUUUA